GAGCUGGCAGCCGGGGAGCACUUGCUGCUCUUUUCACCCCUGUGCACCGGGCAUGAAGUUACCUUCCUUCUCCUCCCCCGGGUGCCCCGCCAUCACUGCUAGCACUUGGUGUUUUCACCCAGCCAAGACCUUCUCCCAGGAGCCCUCUGAGCUGGACUGCUACACCAGAGCCUGGCUCUGAGCAUGGAUCUUGGUGACCGAUGGCCGUUGGAGGAAGGACCCUGGCUGGCUCAUGAUGGACUGCUGCACUUCGCUAGAAGCAGAGAGGGACCUGCUCCCGCCUGCUACAGCCCGGGCAGCCCCGGCCAGAUCCUAGAGGAGCCCGGCUACUUCUUCCCAGACUUCCAGCUCUACCCUGGAAGGCAUGAGGCCGCGGUGCUGACGGUGGAGGCCGCCGGUGGUGGCAGCAGGGAGAAAGCUGCCGAGAACGCUCCGUGCUCCUUCCGUGCCCAGUCCUUCCCGUGGUUCCCGGAGGUGGAGAUGAGAGGGUCCGAGGAGGCGGCGGGCACAGUGUUGCAGCGGCUGAUCCAGGAGCAGCUGCGCUAUGGCGCACCCCCCGAGAACAUGAGCCUGCGGGCCCUGCCGCACCAGCCCGCCGCGGCCUCUGCCGAGAGCCUGCUGCCCGAGGACCCACCCAUGCUCUGCCCGCCGGCGCGCCAGGAGCCGCAGGGUCAGGAGCACCAGGCGGACGGCGCCGCCAUGGAGAAGCAGAGUGGAGAGGAGCUGCCCAGCUACGAGGAGGCCAAGGCCCAGUCCCAGUUCUUCCGGGGGCCGCCGCCUGGGCCUGGCCUGGCCUACUACGCAGCCGGGGGCACGGGCCCCAAGGCGCGCACGGAGGGCCGGCCCACAGUGAGCCGUGCUGGCAGCGGCCAGGCGCACAAGGACGAGGCGCUCAAGGAGCUGAAGCAGGGCCACGUGCGCUCCCUCAGCGAGAGGAUCAUGCAGCUGUCGCUGGAGCGUAACGGCGCCAAGCAGCUCCCCCCGGGCCCCGGCGCCAAGACGCUCAAGGCCACUGGGCCCACCCCUCCGGCCCCGUCCUCGGGCAAGGCGCUGGACCCCCGUGGCCCACCCCCCGAGUACCCCUUCAAGGCCAAGCAGGCGCUGGCCCCGGCCGCCAAGGGCCCCGAGCAUGGCCUGUUCUACGCCGACCAGCACCCCAGCCUGCUGCACGACCUGGGCAAGGCGUACCCUGCGCCACAGCCCGCCAGGACCGAGGUGGCCGUGCUGCGCUACCAGCCGCCCCCUGAGUACGGGGUGACCAGCCGCCCGUGCCAGCUCCCCUUCCCCGCUACGGUGCAGCCGCACAGCCCGGUGCCCUCCCAGGCCUCAUCGGUGAGCGGACCCCUGCACCCCGGGGCCCUGGGCGGCCCACCCCUGCCCGCCGCCUCCCCCAGCCAGCCUCUGGGGCCCGACGCCCUCGCCAUCAUGGAGCGGGCCCAGCAAAUGGUGGAGAUCCUGACGGAGGAGAACCGUGUCCUGCACCAGGAGCUGCAGGCCUAUUACGACAACACCGACAAGCUGCACAAAUUUGAACAAGAGCUUCAGCGGAUCUCAGAAGCCUAUGAGAGCCUGGUCAGGUCCACCACCAAGCGCGAGUCCCUGGACAAGGCCAUGAGGAGCAAGCUGGAAGGCGAGAUCCGCAGGCUUCACGACUUUAACAGAGACCUCAGAGAUCGACUGGAGACGGCCCACAGGCAGCUGUCCAGCCGGGACUAUGACGGACAGGAGGACCGAGCAGCCGAGGGGCUUUACGCUUCCCAGAACAAAGAGUUCUUGAAAGAGAAGGAGAAGCUGGAGGUGGAGCUGGCGGCGGCACGCUCAGCGAGCGAGGACCAGCGGCGGCACGUGGAGAUCCUGGACCAGGCUCUGAGCAACGCACAGGCCAGGGUCAUCAAGCUGGAGGAGGAGCUGCGAGAGAAGCAGGCGUACGUGGAGAAGGUGGGGAAGCUGCAGCAGGCGCUCACCCAGCUGCAGGCUGCCUGCGAGAAGCGAGAGCAGAUGGAGCGCAGGCUACGGACCUGGCUGGAGAGGGAGCUGGACGCGCUGCGGGCCCAGCAGCUCUUUCCUGACCUACAGAAGCACGGCCACGGCCAGGGGUCCAGCGGGCCAGAGUACAACGCACAGGCCCUCCUGGAGCUGGUGCGGGAAAAAGAGGAGCGCAUUCUGGCGCUGGAGGCUGACAUGACCAAGUGGGAGCAAAAGUACCUGGAGGAGAGCACCAUCCGCCACUUCGCCAUGGACGCCGCGGCCACCGCAGCCGCUGAGAGGGACACCACGCUCAUCAACCACUCGAGGACAGGCAGCUACGGGGAGGGCUCUCUGGAGGCCCACGCCUGGCCAGAGGAUGAGGAGGUGGUGCAGGCCGCCCGGCGCUGCCAGGACAUGGAGUUCACGAUUAAAAACCUCCAUGCCAAGAUUAUCGAGAAGGACGCCAUGAUCAAGGUUCUGCAGCAGCGGUCCCGGAAGGAGGCAGGGAAGGCGGACGCGGCCAACCUACGGCCUGCCCGCUCCGUGCCAUCCAUCGCCGCGGCCACCAGCACCCACUCCCGCCAGACGUCCCUGACCAGCAGCCAGCUGGCUGAAGAGAAGAAGGAGGAGAAGCCGUGGAAAGGGAGCAUAGGCUUGCUGCCGGGGAAGGAGCACCAGGAGCACGCCUCUGCCCCGGCCCUGGCCCCUGCCCCCCCAGCCCUCACUGGCAGCGCCCACGCCAAGACGGGCAGCAAGGACAGCAGCACGCAGACGGACAAGGGCACCGAGCUCUUCUGGCCCCACGUGACCUCCCUGCCCCGUGGCCGGCUGAGCACCACGCCUGCCAGCAGCCCCCUCCUAAAACACACCACUACCAAAGAGAGCGCCCCCGCCCACGGGAAGCCGCCAGAGCACAAGGGCCGUGCCAGCAGCCUGCUGCAUAAGCCCGAGUUCCCCGACGGAGAACUGAUGGAAGUGCUCAUCUGAGGACAGGCUGCAGCCUGGGCAGGAGAGGAGGCGAUGGCAAUCAGGAGGCUGUGGGCUGCGGUGGCCUCAUCACGGAAGAGGGACACGUACGUGGGUCUGGACGGACGACGGACGGGGAGGGACCGCUCACGCUGAGGCGUGGGCUGGCGGGCUCCCCCUCAGCUAUAAACACAUAAACCCGGAGCUUCCUCGGAAUUCCCCGAA